ACACAGACUCAGUCACCAACACUGCAACUUCUUCACCGCCCUCAACAUGUCUCGAGCCUCUCAGAUUACGUUGGCGACGACAUGUUUCUCGGCGAUUAGCAUUGUCGCAUUCGUGCAUUGGUCGCAGAGAGCCGACAAAGCAGCAAUGCAUAUGGGUGUUAUCCGCGACUACGAACAACAACGGGUCAAGCGCGAGCGACAGGCCGACUUUGAGAUGCAGCGAGAAUUGGAACAGGAAUACAGAAAAUACCAGACGGUAUCGGAUGGAGGGGGGCCUACUGCACCACGGUCACAAGGUGACUCUGGGCGAUGAUUCUCAACAUCCGCCACUUUACUGCAACUGUAGCCGGUGAGCAAAAGUCAUAUUGCCGCUCCAGCCUUGCAUGCGCAGCCCUUCUAGAAGGCCUCAGGUUCCCCACGUGCCCUAGCUGCGCCACCCGUUCUCCCAGGCCAAGGGACCGGAGUACAUGCAGCCUUGUUGGCCAUAUUCUUGACCGCCGACUAAAUGGUAGACACGACAUUUGUCUAUACAAUAGGACUACCAAUCGAAUCCAGCAGAAUUAUGGAUUGAUUAUUUGAUGGCGGCUGAUGGACAGCAAGAUUCAACCAGUUGGCUC